AGGCGAUAACUGUCCGUUUCCGUCCACACUGCUUCAGUGGCCGCUGUUACCGUUGCAGUGGGACGCCCAGUAACAGCUGACGGGUAGCUAACACAUCGUCAAACCGCUCUGAGUGCAGCGUCCAGCGGUGUCACAUUUGACCUGGCCGCUGCUGCUGUUAGCCUGACAGGGAGCCAACAGUGUUAGCUUAACUCCAGCAGCGAAACGGCCAUGUACAGUGAAACACAACGUCAUAAAUAAGCAGCAAAAGAAAGAAAGAAAACAGUGCUAAAAUAAGUUUAUUUUUUAUCUCCAAUGCGGACUUUUUGUCGGCUUGUUCCAGGCGCAGUGAGUUCGGAGAGGUUUAGCGAUUGUUGGCGGCGGCAGCAGCGAUGUUGCUGUGCACGACUGCAACACGCCUACUGGGAAGAGGGAAAACUUUGCUCCCUGAUCCGUUUAAGAGGAUUGCUAUAAACAUGUCGUCCUCCUCCGACGCCGGUAAGAGACUGCGGGUCCUGGUCGACAUGGACGGAGUGCUGGCGGACUUCGAGGGGGGCUUCCUGAAGAAAUACAGGGCCAGGUACCCGGACGAGCCCUUCAUCACCCUGGAUGACAGGAGAGGCUUUUGGGUGUCUUUACAGUACGGACAGCUCAGAUCCGACCUAAGUGAAAAAGCCAUCAGUAUCUGGGAGUCCAAAGGCUUCUUCAUAGACUUGGAUCCUCUCCCUGGAGGAGUGGAGGCGGUGAAGGAGAUGGCCAGGAUGGAUGACACAGAUGUCUUUAUUUGCACGAGCCCCAUUAAACAUUACAAACACUGCCCAUAUGAGAAGUACGCCUGGGUGGAGAAGCAUUUAGGCUGCGACUUUCUGGAGCAGGUCAUUCUGACCAGAGAUAAAACCCUAAUUGCCGGUGACCUCCUCAUCGACGACAAGCCUGACAUUCAAGGUGUGGAGCCCACACCAGCGUGGGAACACAUCCUGUUCACCGCCUGCCACAACAAGCAUCUGUCCGUCGGUCCCUCCCAGAGACGGCUCCUGUCUUGGUCUGAUGACUGGAGGGGCAUCCUGGACAGCAAAAGGAAGUGAGGAAUGCCACUCAUUCCUCUGCAUCAUAGUAACCAGGGUAACCGGAAUACAAGACUGAUCGUCCAAGACUGUUGAAGUUGCAACGACGUGAAUGGACCAGCAUUUCCUGCCGUUGUUUCUGAAGAAGAAAACUGAAGUCAGCCGUGCAGUUGUUGGGAGAGAAGAGAGAAAAUUCACUUAUUUCACCACCAGAGGGCAGCAUGACACAGGCCAACCUCACGUCCACCGAACAUCUCUAAAUAACCGCAUGUCGAUUUUUAACAGGGCCAGACCGCAUUAAUGGAAGUUGUUGGUAUUGCUCUCCUAUGGCUUCUAAAUUUGGAGCUUUCUGCUCAGAAUCCAUUUCGUUUUAUUUUUGGCUUACUUUAGUGGUUUUUUUAUAUCCUCAUUACAAAAGGCCAGUCCCAUAAACAUGUCCAUGCACUGUGAUUCACACAAAACAUCAGGGCAGUCAGCUACACAGGAAAACAAACAAAUAUAGCCUCACAGAGCCGUAAGAGCUGGUGAACGUGAGCACAGGAGUGUGACAUCAGACCCUGGAUUACUGUAACGGUUAUAGUUGGUAUUUAUUUUACCUCGACUUAAAUGAAACACCACUGUAAUGUACAGAAAUUUACAUCCACUCAUCACUGGCAUGCAUGUUUCACUUUUAAUGUUACGUUUAAAUAUGACUGUAUAGAAACAAAAUUAAAAGUUUGGCACCAUGGACCUGCUUUUUUGAUAUCCUUGAGGUCGAGGGUUUGCUUCUCAAGUUUUCCAAAUUUUUCAUCUUGACCUCAAAUCCACAAUUAGACGGUUAAGAUAAUAGAUUAAUACAAACAGUUGUUCCAACAGGGAUGUUUGAUGGCCGGGAAAAUCCAUAAUAAAUUCAAACUACAACCAAAAAGAAACAGUUAAAAUUCGUCACUGAAAGCCCUAAAUGAGCAUGAAAUCGAUGCCAGAGAUGAAGGUAUGUAAACUUCUGACCACCACCGCGGGAAAGGCGGAUGACCUGGAGGAAAGUUUUGUUUUUAUGCAACUUAAAAAUUACAACUUUGGUGCUCUUAUUUUUGUAGCAUUUCAUAAUUAUCUAUGCAUCUCACUUCACCCACUGAGGUAAAACGUACUCACACACACACGUUGCCAAAAAACCCACGUAAAACAAACAUAGCAACUCAAAACUUCUGUUCUUUGAAAAGUUUUCCUAUUCUAAACUAUUAAAUAGAAUAUUUAGAAAUUCCAAGUCAUUUUCAGUUAGAUGUUCCACAUGAGAUGUACUAUGUGUAUUUUUAUACUGUAGCGUGUUUACAUUCGCACAUAAAAGUAGAUGGAGGGUAGAAACUUCGAACUAACUCCAAAGUGUUAGAUUUAUUGGAGUAAGACGAUUUUUGAGUUGAAAAGUGUUUCAGAAUGAAGUUGCCGCAAAACAACACAAACCUUUUUUUACCUCACUGUUUUAAAGGAACUUGUUGCUCUUCCCCAUCAAAGCUUUGAGAAGACAUGGUCCUUAGAUUUGUGUGUUUGUGCCUGGUUCAAUCUCCAACUUCAAAUCGGUUUCUGACUUUUCUGUUUUAACACAUUGUUUUCUCCAUCUGAAGCCAGUGAAAAAUAAAGGACACUUUAACAUGUC